UCAUUAACCACGCGCUCUCUCUCUCUCUGUCUCUCAUUUCCAGGGCCUUCGCGUUGAAGGAAAUCAACUGCGAGCUCAAACCUCGCUUCUUCCCCCUUCUCUCUCCCCGUCCGUGGAGGGAAAUGCUGACGCCGGAGGAGAACUGGGAGCGGCUGGUCCGGGCGGCCCUUCGCGGUGAACGGCUGGGCGUUGGUGCUUUUGGGCAGCCCGUCAGCGGUGUUGCAGGGAAUGUUCCGUCUUGCCUGGCUAACAACACGCACAUCGAUGAUAUACUGAGAGCGGCAGAUGAGAUCGAAGACGAGGACCGCAACAUCUCAAGAAUCCUAUGCGAGCAUGCAUAUUCAUUGGCACAAAACUUGGAUCCUAACAGUGAAGGCAGAGGUGUGCUUCAGUUCAAGACUGGUUUAAUGUCGGUCAUAAAGCAAAAACUCGCUAAGAGGGAUGGUGGAGGCAUAGACCGUAGCCAGGACAUUGCCUAUCUACAGGAAUUUUAUAAACGCUACAGAGAGAAGCAUAAAGUUGAUGAGUUGCGUGAGGAUGAGAUGAAGUUGAGGGAAUCAGGUGUUUUCAGUGGCAACCUUGGAGAGUUGGAGAAGAAGACUGUAAAAAGAAAGAAGGUGUUUGCAACGCUGAGAGUCUUGGGAACAGUACUCGAGGAUCUUACUAGAGAAAUAGCUCCUGAUGAUGCAGCUAAAAUAAUAUCUGAAGAGAUGAAGCGGGUUAUGGAAAAAGAUGCUGCAAUGACAGAGGACAUAAUUGCUUAUAACAUCAUUCCCCUGGAUGCACCAUCUAUUGCAAAUGUCAUCGUCAAUUUCCCUGAGGUGAAAGCUGCAAUUUCAUCAUUAAAGUGCUGCACAAACCUGUCUAAGCUUCCUAGUGAUUUUCCUGUUCCUGCUGCAAGGGAUGCUGAUGUACUUGACCUGUUGCAAUAUGUCUUUGGGUUCCAGAAAGAUAAUGUCAGCAACCAACGAGAACAUGUCGUUCAUCUUCUUGCCAAUGAACAGUCGAGAUUUGGGAGUAUUUUAGGCAGUGAACCUAAAAUAGAUGAGACUGCUGUGAAUAGUGUCUUCAAGAAGUCUCUUGAAAACUAUACAAAAUGGUGCAACUAUUUGCCUCUUCAGCCUGUUUGGAAUAAUAUUGAUAACAUCAGCAGAGAAAAGAAAUUGUUGUUUGUUAGUUUAUACUUCCUGAUAUGGGGAGAAGCUGCCAACAUUAGGUUUCUUCCAGAGUGUAUAUGCUAUAUAUUUCAUCAUAUGGCAAGAGAAUUAGAGGGGAUAAUGCGUGAACCAAUUGCACAACCUGCAAACAGUUGCACUACUCCAGAUGGAGUAUCAUUUCUUGGUCGAGUUAUUUCCCCUCUAUAUGAAGUAAUAGUUGCUGAAGCGGCAAACAAUGACAAUGGGCGGGCAGCACAUUCAGCUUGGAGAAACUAUGAUGAUUUCAAUGAAUUUUUUUGGUCUCUUCGAUGUUUUAAGCUUAGCUGGCCUUGGAAUCUUAGCUCACCAUUUUUCUUGAAGCCCAACAAGAAGACAAUGGGUUUGCUAUCUGUUGGUGGAGGGAAGCAUUAUGGGAAAACAUCUUUUGUGGAGCACCGAACUUUCCUACAUCUUUAUCAUAGUUUUCAUCGACUCUGGAUCUUUCUUUUUAUGAUGUUCCAGGGAUUAACGAUCAUCGCCUUCAAUGGUGGUAAGCUUAACUGGAAAACCAUUAAGCUAGUCCUUAGCCUGGGCCCCACGUAUGUUGUGAUGAAAUUUAUAGAAAGUGUGAUGGAUGUACUUAUGAUGUAUGGUGCAUAUUCUACAUCACGUCGAUCAGCUGUUGCCCGAAUAUUUUAUCGUGUGUUAUGGUUUUCUGUUGCUUCAUUUGUCGUCUGUUACUUAUAUAUUAAAGCACUCCAGGAUGGUUCCAAUUCUGCUGCUUUUAGAAUAUAUGUCUUCAUAGUUGGAAUAUAUGCUGCUUUCAAGUUGUUCAUUGGCUUCCUUGUGCGAAUUCCAUUCUGCCAUCAUCUGACAGAUUUAUGUUAUCGUUGGUCUGUACUGCGUCUUGUGAAAUGGCUGCACCAGGAACAAUUCUAUGUUGGACGUGGCAUGUACGAGAGGACCACUGACUAUAUUAAAUAUGUACUUUUUUGGCUUGUGGUACUUGGUGGUAAAUUUUCAUUUGCCUAUUUUCUCCAGAUCAAGCCAUUGGUGACACCAACUAAGACUAUUGUUAAUUUCAAAGACUUACAAUAUUCAUGGCAUGAUUUGGUGUCUAGGAACAAUCAUAAUGCACUGACAAUUCUUAGUUUGUGGGCGCCAGUGUUUGCUAUUUAUCUUCUGGAUAUUCAUAUCUUUUACACCUUGAUGUCAGCAGCUUACGGAUUCUUACUUGGUGCAAGAGAUCGCUUGGGUGAGAUCAGAUCAGUGGAAGCUGUCCACAGACUUUUUGAGAAAUUUCCUGGAGCAUUUAUGACCAACCUUCAUGUUGUUCUCCCAAAAAGGAGGCAGCUGUCUUCAUCUGGUCAGGGUGUGGAGUUAAAUAAGUUUGAUGCUGCUAGAUUUGCUCCCUUCUGGAAUAAAAUUGUGGAAAAUUUGCGUGAAGAAGAUUAUAUUAAUAAUUCAGAGAGGGAUUUGCUUAUACUGCCAAAGAAUUCUAAAAUUCUUCUGAUGGUUCAGUGGCCCCUAUUCUUGUUGGCUAGCAAGAUAUUUUUGGCCAGAGAUAUCGCAGCAGAGUCGAAAGAUUUACAGGCGGACCUCUGGUUCAAGAUUUCUAGAGAUGAUUACAUGCGAUAUGCAGUUGAGGAGUGCUACCAUAGUGUGAAAGUUAUUUUGAUGUCUGUAUUUGAGAACGAAGGCCGCCUGUGGGUCGAAAAAAUAUAUGAUAACAUAGAGAACAGUAUCAAGGAAGAUAGACUACAAUUAGAUUUCAGGUUGAGCAACUUGCAAUUUGUGAUGUCCAGAAUUUCUGCUUUGACUGGUAUAUUGAAGGAGGAAGAAUCCCCUAAUUUGUUGCAAGGAGCCGUCAAAGCUGCUCAAGAUCUUUAUGAAGUGGUUCAUCAUGAGAUUCUUAUUUCCAAUAUGCGUGAGGACAUUGAUGAUUGGAAUAACAUUAUAAAUGCAAGAGCUGAUGGCCAUCUCUUCUCAAAUCUGAAGUGGCCCAAGGAUCCUGAAAUGAAAGCAUUAAUAAAGAGAUUGCAUGCACUUCUGACCUUCAAAGAAUCUGCUGCAAAUGUUCCUAGAAACCUGGAAGCUGGGCGAAGGUUGCAAUAUUUCACUAACUCUCUCUUUAUGCAAAUGCCGGCUGCCAGGCCAGUUUCUGAAAUGCUGUCUUUCAGUGUAUUUACGCCAUAUUAUUCUGAGGUUGUGCUUUAUAGUUUGGAUGAACUCUAUAAAAAGAAUGAGGAUGGGAUAUCUACACUGUUUUACCUCCAGAAGAUUUAUCCAGAUGAGUGGAAAAACUUUCUAUCUCGCAUCGGAAGAAAAGAAGACACUGAAGAUUCUGAGCUUCUUCAUAGUCCAGCUGAUGUUUUGGAGCUUCGGUUCUGGGCUUCAUAUCGCGGUCAAACUUUAGCAAGGACUGUUCGUGGAAUGAUGUACUAUAGAAAAGCUCUUAUGCUUCAAAGUUAUUUGGAGAGGAUUACUUCUGAAGAUGGUACAAUUGCUGGAACUGAAAAUGUAACUGACAUAGCAGAGGGAUUCAAUUUGUCUCCAGAAGCUCGUGCACAGGCAGAUCUGAAGUUCACAUACGUUGUAACAUGUCAGAUUUAUGGCAAACAGAAGGAAGAACAAAAACCAGAAGCUGCAGAUAUUGCAAUGUUAAUGCAGCGGAAUGAAGCUCUUAGAGUUGCGUAUAUUGAUACAGUUGAGACAGUGAAGGAUGGGAAACCACAUACAGAAUAUUAUUCCAAACUUGUUAAAGCUGACAUCCAUGGGAAGGAUAAGGAAAUAUAUUCUAUAAAACUGCCUGGGAAUCCUAAGCUUGGUGAAGGUAAACCAGAAAAUCAAAACCAUGCAGUAAUAUUUACUCGUGGAAAUGCACUUCAGACUAUAGAUAUGAAUCAAGAUAACUAUUUCGAAGAAGCUUUGAAGAUGAGGAAUCUUCUUGAGGAGUUCCAUUGUGAUCAUGGCAAACAUAAACCAACAAUUUUAGGUGUCAGAGAACAUGUCUUUACUGGCAGUGUCUCAUCCUUGGCUUCGUUCAUGUCCAACCAAGAGACAAGUUUUGUAACUCUUGGUCAACGAGUACUUGCUAAUCCAUUAAAAGUGCGGAUGCAUUAUGGCCAUCCGGAUGUUUUUGAUAGAGUUUUUCACAUAACAAGAGGUGGUAUCAGCAAGGCAUCCCGCAUAAUAAACAUCAGUGAAGAUAUAUAUGCAGGUUUCAAUUCAACUUUGCGGCAGGGCAAUAUCACUCAUCACGAGUACAUUCAGGUUGGAAAAGGAAGAGAUGUUGGCUUGAAUCAGAUUGCACUAUUUGAAGGGAAGGUUGCAGGAGGCAAUGGUGAACAAGUCCUCAGUAGGGAUGUUUACAGACUCGGCCAGCUCUUUGAUUUUUUCCGAAUGAUGUCUUUCUAUGUUACAACCGUGGGUUUCUACUUUUGUACAAUGUUAACUGUGCUGACAGUGUACAUAUUUUUAUAUGGGAAAACUUAUUUGGCAUUAUCUGGCAUUGGUGAAGCUAUUCAGAUUCGGGCGGACAUAUUACAGAACACUGCCCUAGAUGCUGCACUAAACACACAGUUUCUGUUUCAGAUCGGAGUCUUCACUGCUGUUCCAAUGAUUUUGGGCUUCAUACUGGAAUAUGGUUUUCUAAUGGCUGUUGUCAGCUUCACAACAAUGCAGCUGCAGCUUUGCUCAGUCUUUUUCACAUUUUCUCUUGGAACAAGGACACACUAUUUUGGCAGAACAAUUCUCCAUGGGGGUGCUAAGUACCGUGCCACUGGUAGGGGUUUUGUUGUUCGUCACAUCAAGUUUGCAGAAAAUUAUAGGCUGUACUCCCGUAGCCAUUUUGUGAAGGGGUUAGAAGUUGUGCUUUUGUUGGUAAUAUUCCUUGCAUAUGGUUAUAACAGUGGUGGAGCUAUUUCGUACAUCUUGCUCUCUGUUAGUAGUUGGAUCAUGGCAUUAUCUUGGCUUUUUGCUCCAUAUUUGUUUAAUCCAUCUGGUUUUGAGUGGCAGAAGACAGUGGAGGACUUUCGAGAUUGGACAAAUUGGCUAUUUUAUAGAGGUGGAAUUGGAGUAAAGGGAGAGGAAAGCUGGGAGGCAUGGUGGGAUGAGGAAUUGGCACAUAUACAUACACUGCGUGGAAGGAUAUUAGAAACGAUUGUGAGCUGCAGAUUUUUCAUCUUCCAGUAUGGUGUUGUAUACAAGCUGCAAGCAUCUGGCACAGAUACAUCCUUGACAGUAUAUGGCUGGUCAUGGAUUGUGCUAGCUGCACUGUUUGUCCUUUUUGAGGUUUUCACCUUCAGCAAUAAGGCAUGGGUUAACUUCCAAUUGCCACUGCGCCUAAUUCAAAGCAUUACAUUGUUGAUGGCCUUAGCUGGCCUAGCUGUUGCAAUUGCAGUUACUGAUCUAUCUGUGCCAGACAUCUUUGCGUGCAUCCUUGCAUUCGUGCCCACGGGAUGGGGAAUUCUUUCUAUUGCCGUUGCAUGGAAACCUUUUGUGAAGAAGAUGCGACUUUGGAAGUCGGUGCGCUCCCUCGCUCGUCUCUUCGAUGCUGGGAUGGGCAUGUUCAUCUUCGUCCCAGUAGCCAUGUUCUCUUGGUUUCCCUUUGUAUCCACUUUCCAAACUCGACUUCUUUUCAAUCAGGCAUUUAGCAGGGGGCUGGAGAUCUCUCUCAUCCUUGCUGGAAAUAACCCUAACAGUGAAGUAUGACUGCAGCAGAGGGCCCUUGUGUGUUUCUCACUUUUGAAUGAUUGCUCCACUCUAUUAGCAUAUAUGGGAUUUUGGAACAUGUAAAAUUUGUGUUAUGUUACAAAGAAAAAGAUGUGGAUAGACUAGCCUGCGUCCUACACUUAUUCUCUAUUUUAAGCAAAAGUGAUCUUGAAUUUUACUCAACUGAUUC